GGUCAGCAAACAUUUACAACUCUCACAUAUCCGAAGCAAUGCCUUUUCAGGUUUAUGAAAACUUAAAAUUGUAUAUUCAUUUUUUUAAACCCAUGAUAAAUUUGCUUAUUAAAGUAGGAAAAGAUCUUCCAAAAGUGAAGACAGUAUUUCACCUCAAAUUUUACCAAAGAUCUCCAGUGUUAAAUAAAAUCCACUGUUACGGGUCACGUUUAAAAUUUUUUUCUAUUUUUUUGCUUAAGCAUAUUGCACACAAUAUUAUAAAAAUGUGAUUUUUUUUUAUUGGCUUCAUAACAAAUACCAUCAUGUGGACGUAGUUUUACACUGGUUUAUAAAUUGUGGCAUUUCAUUUUAGUUUGAUGUUUUGUGUUGCUUCUUGACAAUGGGACAGAUAAAAAGAUCAAACGUACUAAGGUGACCAGUUAGUAUGUAGAAUGUACAGUACGUGGAAUUCCUUUUAAAAAGUUUUUCAUUUUUCUAUCCUUUUCCUGUCACCCCUAUAAUCAAGCUGCUACAAUCCCUCAGGACCCAUGCAAAUGCUCCAUUCAAUAUUUUUACAGUAACAAAUUUAUCAAUUACUGGAUCUUCUACAAACUUAACUUUGAAUUCUGAAAAUAGAUUUCAGUCACUCAUUUGUUCUUCGAAAAGCCCAUCAACGAAACUUUCUUUUUCAGGGAUCCGAAAACUGGCAAGCUAACUACGAAGUGGAUCUUGGGGGUAGGGGGGAAGAGAUGGAGAUAAACAAAGCAAAGGGGCUUUUUCUGUCUUAAAAUUUUCAUGUUUGCUUCUGGAGCAAGAAUUCUUUCCUAGGAGUCGGGGAGAAGGCGGGGGAGGUGUCUCUCCUGUCCCCGAGCAGCGGCACACGGGUUUGCUGAAUUUGACAGACCACUGCGAUCUUGGGGGAUUUUCCAAGCUGGAAGAGAGCGCCGAUGAGAAAAAGUGCGUACAGCCCACGUGACCCAACUUCACUUUCAGGUGCCAGAAGCGGAGCGCAGCUGCAAUCAAUACCGAUCUUCCACCAACUAGAUUGUUUUCCUCCCAAGGACCUGAUAAAAACCCCGAAGUUCUGAGAGACACACUUGGAAAAUUGUUGGGUUUAAAAAAAAAAAAGUUCCACUUGUACCAUUUAUAAAUGCGCUGACAACUUUUUCGGAAUCACAACGAUUUACGGCUUACGCAUUUGCCAAGCCUCUUCCUACAGUUCCCUCCCUUGCUUUUCCAAGCCUCCCGUUUCGGUUCCACCGAAAGAAGAAAAGCGAUAGCAACAGUUUGGUUGCCCAGCAGCCCGUCUCCCGGGCGCAAUCACCGCACCAGGGGCCUCACACCUCUAGGCCCGCGAAGCCCAGGACUUCGGCUCCCCGUCCACCGGGGACGUGCGGGAGUACGGCCGCUUCGAGACCCGGGCCGCGGUCCCGCGCCACCCGCCCCGGCUCCCUCUCCGCUCCCGGCCGCAGAGCGUCGCCUCCCCACCGUCGGGGGCGCCGGGCUGGGCGCAUGCGCGCGGCGCUCCCGGGCGUGCCGGCCACACUCCCCCCACCCACUCCGAGAGCUUGUCACUUCCUGCCCUCGCCCCAUCUCCGUCCGGGGUCAGUCAGUCGCUCCCUGUCGCAGCCGGCGAGUCUCUGCUUCCCCCUUCCUACCCGCUCAGCGGCGGCAGCUCAGGCUCUUCGUGGAGGGAGAGACAGAGAAAGAGAGAGACUGACUUAAUAAAGUUUCCUGAAACAACAACUAUUACCAAAAAGAGCCCAAGGCGGGGGGAAACCCCCAUCCUUCCCCGCCCCUCUCCAAAAGCCUGAGGGACCGUCGCAGGUGGAGCGGCGCUGGGGGGAGCCGGGCUCCGGCGGCAGCCGUUGCCCUGGCAAGGGGCGCCUCGGGUCCUGCCCGCUCCGGUUCCGGCUCCUUCGGUGGCGGCGACAGCGGCUGCGGGGCGGUUCCUGCUGUCAACUGCCUGCGCCCGCGCGCCGUCCGCCCGCCCGCACGCCCAGCUCCACAGCGCGGAGGGACGCCGUGAGCCGCCGCCGCAGCCGUCGCCUCGGGCCGCGGAGGGACGUGGUGAGCUGCGGCGCUUCCGCGUCAGCGCCGGCGGGGAAUCUUUGCGAGCGCGUCGGGCCCGAACCCCGGUCCCUUCGCGCGGUCAGCCGAGGCUGCGCCAGGUGGGGCCCGAAGCCGCCUCCCACGCCAGGCUGUCCCCGCGGCCGCCCGGCCUGCCUUCCUUCCUUCCGCCCGCCCGUCGGCCCGCCCUAGGAGUUCACCAAGCCGCAAUGAAGAGCUUCUUACAGUGAAAGGAAAGUAGGUCGCGCCCACUGAAAAUGCCUUUAAGGGACAAAUACUGUCAGACUGACCACCAUCAUCACGGAUGCUGUGAACCAGUUUAUAUCCUGGAACCUGGAGAUGCUCCUUUGUUACAGCAACCACUACAGACAUCCAAAUCUGGUAUUCAGCAAAUAAUUGAGUGCUUUCGAUCAGGAACUAAACAACUUAAGCAUAUUUUAUUAAAAGAUGUGGACACUAUUUUUGAAUGUAAAUUAUGCCGCAGUCUCUUCAGAGGAUUACCAAAUUUAAUUACCCAUAAAAAAUUCUACUGCCCACCAAGUCUCCAGAUGGAUGACAACCUUCCUGAUGUAAAUGAUAAACAAAGCCAAGCCAUAAAUGAUCUCCUAGAAGCCAUAUAUCCAAGUGUGGACAAGCGAGAAUACAUUAUUAAGCUAGAACCCAUAGAAACUAAUCAGAAUGCAGUGUUUCAAUAUAUUUCAAGGACUGAUAAUCCUACUGAAGUCACAGAGUCAAGCAGUACUCCUGAACAGCCUGAAGUUCAAAUACAGGAAACUAGCACUGAACAGUCUAAAACAGUUCCAGUUACAGACACAGAGGUGGAAACUGUAGAGCCCCCUCCUGUUGAAAUUGUUGCAGAUGAAGUUGCACCUACAUCUGAUGAACAACUGCAGGAAUCACAGGCUGACUUGGAAACUUCUGACAAUUCUGAUUUUGGUCACCAGUUGAUAUGUUGUCUUUGUAGAAAAGAAUUCAAUUCCAGACGAGGUGUUCGUCGUCACAUUCGAAAAGUACACAAGAAAAAAAUGGAAGAACUAAAAAAGUACAUUGAAACACGAAAGAAUCCAAACCAAUCCUCUAAAGGACGCAGUAAGAAUGUUCUAGUUCCACUAAGUAGGAGUUGUCCAGUAUGUUGUAAAUCAUUUGCUACAAAAGCGAAUGUAAGGAGGCAUUUUGAUGAAGUUCAUAGAGGACUAAGGAGGGAUUCAAUUACUCCUGAUAUAGCAACAAAGCCUGGGCAACCUUUGUUCCUGGAUUCUGUUUCUCCUAAAAAAUCUUUUAAGGCUCGAAAACAAAAGUCGUCUUCAAAGGCUGAAUACAAUUUAACUGCAUGCAAAUGCCUCCUUUGCAAGAGGAAAUAUAGUUCACAAAUAAUGCUUAAAAGACAUAUGCAAAUUGUCCACAAGAUAACUCUUUCUGGAACAAACUCUAAAAGAGAGAAAGGCCCCAGUAAUACUGCCAACAGUUCAGAAAUAAAAGUUAAAGUUGAACCAGCAGAUUCUGUAGAAUCUUCACCCCCUUCCAUUAUCCAUUCUCCACAGAAUGAAUUAAAGGGAACAAAUCAUUCAAAUGAAAAAAAGAACGCACCGGCAGCACAGAAAAAUAAAGUUAAACAAGACUCUGAAAGCCCUAAAUCAACUAGUCCGUCUGCUGCAGGUGGCCAGCAAAAAACCAGGAAACCAAAACUUUCAGCUGGCUUUGACUUUAAGCAACUUUACUGUAAACUUUGUAAACGUCAGUUUACUUCCAAACAGAACUUGACUAAACACAUUGAAUUGCACACAGAUGGGAAUAACAUUUAUGUUAAAUUCUACAAGUGUCCUCUUUGCACUUAUGAAACUCGUCGGAAGCGCGAUGUGAUACGACAUAUAACUGUGGUUCAUAAAAAGUCAUCCCGUUAUCUUGGGAAAAUAACAGCCAGUUUAGAGAUCAGAGCUAUAAAAAAGCCCAUUGAUUUUGUUCUAAAUAAAGUGGCAAAAAGAGGCCCUUCAAGAGACGAAGCAAAACAUAGUGAUUCAAAACAUGAUGGCACUUCUAACUCUCCUAGUAAAAAGUAUGAAGUAGCUGAUGUUGGUAUUGAAGUAAAAGUCACGAAAAACUUUUCUCUUCACAGAUGCAAUAAAUGUGGAAAGGCAUUUGCCAAAAAGACUUAUCUUGAACAUCAUAAGAAAACUCAUAAGGCAAAUGCUUCCAAUUCACCUGAAGGAAACAAAACCAAAGGCCGAAGUACAAGAUCUAAGGCUCUUGUCUGGUGAGGAACAGUUACAGAGUUUUGCUUUUUUCCCCCCAUCGAACUAAAAAAAUCAUUUGACCAUAAUUUAUAGCUGGUUCCAUUUUAACACAUUUGCUUCCAUGUAUCUUACGGCAGUGGGAACUGCAAGAGUAAUGUGCAUAUCGCAUUUACCUCUUCAGUGACCUUUAUUCCAGUGGCUUGGGAACAAAAGUUAACUUCAGAACUUAUCUUCCACAGGACAAUGCAAUAUAGUUAUAGGUAGAUGGCACAGGGUCAGUGAUUUCCUCUCAAUGUUGUAAAAUAUAUACAUUUAUAUUGGCUUGUGUUUACAAUAGAAGUCUUCUGUUUAACUAACUUUGCACAGGUUUAAUUUGAUUCAGUGACUUAGUCUACUAAUUAAUACAUUGUAGGAAGUUAAGUAUAUUAGAAUGAAUUUGUGAAGGCGAUAAUUAUAGGAAAAAAGUCUUUUGAGGCACUGUAAUUAUUGUUAAAUUAAUCUGUGACGGCUAAAUAAAGUGCUGCACUCAGAAAAAACAAUCCCCAAAUUGAAUUUAGAACAAUUAGCAUUUAUUAUUUACGUUUAACAUAGUGCUUCCAGGCAAAGGGGGAAACUUGAUAAACAAAAGUUUGGGUUUAUUUUUCCUUCUCCUUGGGAGUAUGUGUUAGUUCCUGUUUUUUAGUUUUGAUCUUUGGAAAAAGUGAUUGUUUAGGUCCCUGAUCCUCUUAUUUUUACCUUUUUGUUUAAAUAAAGUUUUGGUGAUCAUUUCAACAUAGGUAAUAUUAUUAAGGAGGUUUUUUGUUUUUUUUUUUUUGUUUUUUUUUUUUCUCCUGGGGUUGUGUGUUGCAAGAAAAAUAAACUUCCUAUUGGGAAGAAAGAAAAAAAUAUUAGUUUUUUAGAGGGUUUUGGAACAAAUGUAGAUUUUUAAAAAGCAAUAUAAGAUAAGGAGUAGACUCCCUAUACUUGUUUUUGCAAGUCUGUCUGUAUUUUAAAAGUUUACCUUCAGUACCUGUGUCCCUUGUAUUAAUGCAUUUAAUAUAUUUAAUUAGUAUUAAAUUAGUUUUGGAUUCAGGUUCUAAAGCAGUAUACUUAGUUUGAGUGCUGAGUAGGUUAAAUGUUGUGGUUUGAUUAUCACACAUUUUUUUAUUUGUGUGGAAAACUUGAGAUGAAACCAUCCUUUAGAAGUCACUUACUAUUGUAUUAUUUUGAAAAUAAGGUUUUAUUGGUAAACUCAAAAGUGUUCAUUUAUUCCCAUUUCUCCUCAGAUAACUUCAAGUGAUGUACGAAAAGGUUUGGAGUUCAUUUUUGUGGAAAGACUUUAAAUUGGUGUUAGAACCACUAAACAUCUUCAAAUGGUACUAUGAGGAAAAAAAAAGAAAAAAAUUUGAUAAAUAUAUGACUGUAACUGCUGUUUUCUGACUAAAAUAAUAACCAUCUAACCACUUGUUUCUAAGGCACUGCCUCUUCCAGCACUUUCAAGUAGCUGUGACAUUUUGUAUUGUCAUCCCAGUCCAUCAGCUAACCACCCCUGUGCGUUUGGUCUACAGUUUCUACAAAAAUGUUGCAAAUUUUGUUUUCCAGCAGUUUGUUGAUUAAGUGAUCAACAACCUGAAGAAAAUAUCACCACUGGUGAUUUUUAAUUAACAAAGACUUUAUAUGUUAGCGAUUUUAGUUUUGUUCCACUUUAUUUGGCAGAAUUUUUAUCUGGAUUGUACAGAUAUAUAAUUUCCUAGUGAGCGUAUGUUAGGACCAAAAGACAAAUCUCAACACAUUAUAAAUAUUUAGCCUACUAAAUAUUUGUAAUUAUUUUUACAUCCAUUUAUUUCUAACUUGUUCUAUAGCACUUAAAUGUUUGAAAAUUUCAUUCUAAAAUAUAUACUACAGGAAACUUCCGGUUCAUUUUCAUCCAUGGAUCAUCACAUUCUUCAUUUGUAAACAUCUGAGGUUUUUAUGAAAAUUAAACAUUCCCCUAUUUUUCUUUAAGUUUCAUACAAAGCACUUUAAUGAUAGAUGCAACUUAAUUUUUCAGUUUUUUUUAAAAGACCACACAUUUACUAAUGUUAAUAUGAAGGUAAUAGAUAGCUUACUGCUAUUUUAUGGAUGCAGACAAUCCCUGCACAACCACUUCUUAUAAUACUAGUUUAUUUCUUUAAAUAUUACUAAAAAAGGAAGAUCGGGGUGUAAACCCUGAUUCUUUUUCUCUCCCAAGUAAAAUCUUAAAUGACCACUUUAGAUAAUAUUUGAUCCCUACUGUAAAAUUUAGAAAAUAAUGAAUUUUUGUCCAUUUUUGUAAUCAAGAUUUUAGGGAAAACAGAAGUACAUCUAUCUUUAAUGAAAUACUGGGCAGGUUUUUGUGUAUCAAUAUUUUAUACUUUUUAGGGAAUAUUUUAUUUUUUAGUAAUUUUUGUCAAAUUAUAAUUUUAAAAGGUACAGCAGAGAAUAUACCAUGUUUUUAUAUAGGUUCAUCCUGUACUUAGGAGGGACCCUGUCCAUCUAUAUACUUUUUGUAUAAAAUUUUAAAAUGUUGAAGAUCCACAAGGUCAUAAUAAAAUGCUUUCAUAGCUAGAAAAACAUUUACCCUUCCCAGUGCUUUGCACUAAAAUAUACUGUGAAAGGAAACUAGAAAGACUGUAACUGUUGCUGGAAAUGUUCUAUAUUGAAUGUACAUGCUCUUGUUGGAAAAAUGUACUAUAUGUGAUGGAAAUAAACCAGACUCGAAGUUAUUUCAGCUAAAUGUGCUUCAACGAAGGUGCAUUGGUUGAAACUUAAAUGUUUUAUUAUCAAAUUUAAAUUUAUUCAGUGACUAUGAGCAGCUACACUUGAAAUUUAUCCUGAUAGUUUUAUUUUUAAGAAUUAGAGUGAUAAUUUCUCUUUAAUUUAAAAACAGAUUUACUUUUCCACAUAUGGAAAACUUGUACUUAUAGGUCUAACUUUAAUGAUUAAUAGUGUAAUAUAUUUAGGGAACUAAAUGUGUAGGUGUUAUUUCAUUUAUAAACCAUCUUCGUUAGUUGCACAUUAUUAAACCUGUAUGUUUGACUUUU